AUGAUAGACAGCGAUGUGGAGCUGGAGCUUGCGGCGGAGGUGCGAGCUCUGCGGGGAAAGCUCCGUGAUCGAGACGAGGAGGUCGCUGCACUGCAGGAGCAGGUGGCAGCGGUGACAUCGCAGCUCCACGAGACAUCGGAUGAGCUCGAGUGCCGCAUGACCUUUGUGGCCGAUGCCAUGACACAGAUCGAAACUCUGGAGGCACAAAUCGCCGAAGCAAAGGGCAGCAUCUUAACACGCGAAAUGCAGCUUUACGAAGGAGAACAACGCGAAAAGGCGCUUCAAGCUGCAUUGCAAGGUAAAGAAAAGCAGUGUGAGCACUGGGAGAGUGAGUUUCACCGCGUGGGCCGUGAACUUUCAGCGCAAAAAGCAGCGAAAUGGGAACUCAACAAAAAGCUUGAGGAGAAGACCGACGAUGUGCAGGCCUGGAAGGCCAAGCUUCAAGCUGUCAUGAAGUCAGUGGAUGAACUCAAGCUGCAAAACACGGAUUAUCGCAAGAAGGAGCGCGAAUUGGUAGCCACUCUGCGUCAGAACGUCGAGGCGGCGGAGGCGACCCAGCGAUCGUGGAAAACUCGGUUAGCUAAACGCGAGCUGAAGAUUGAGUCGCUUCGGAGACAGUGCCAGAAUUGUCGAGAAGAGCUGGGGCGUGUCAAACGCGAGCGUAUGCAGGAGAAAGAGGAGCGUGACCGGGACAAACUCGACGUAGCUGAACAACAACUCGAUAAGCAGAAGCUCUUGGUGACGCUGCGAGAGAAAGUUGGUAAGUUGACUGCAGCUGUAGAGAAAGCCCAGGUGAAGGAGAAGAUCUUUCGAAAGGAGAUUUUCCGUUUACGUGAAGAACUUUUACUGAGCGAAUCUCAGCGCGAGACUGAACGUCGACGGCAAGAGCAGCUCGUUGAGGGGAAGGAGAAGGAAGUAGCCUUCAUCUGGCAAAAAUAUGCCGAAAUCAUGCCACUUGCUGAAGACUCCAACUAG